CUUAUCAAACUACUUAUCUAUAUAUAAAUGAAUGAAUCUAUCCUAAUAAAUUACUUCAUCAGUACCAAAAAUUAUCUAGCUAGGCAUGGAUAGCAACAAGUUGCAGAGUGGCUUAAGUUCGGCCUACCGGGGUGUCAGGAAGCGAAAAUGGGGGAAAUGGGUGUCUGAAAUUCGUGAACCAGGUAAGAAAACUCGAAUCUGGCUUGGGAGUUUUGAGACACCAGAAAUGGCAGCCGUGGCAUAUGAUGUGGCUGCAUUGCACCUUAGGGGCCAAUCUGCACACCUUAAUUUUCCACAAUUGGCACCUAGUCUUCCCCGUCCAACUAACACAACUCCUGAAGAUAUAAGAUUGGCAGCCCAACAGGCGGCUUCAGCCUUUGCCGGGAGAUCAUGGGAUGGCUCCAGGGUGGGGAGUACUUCUGCUGCGGCCGAUCAAGGGCCGGUGACAGUAGGACUGUCACCAACACAAAUUCAGGCCAUACAAGAGUCACCUUUGGACUCGCCAAAAAUGGGGAAUGCACUACUAACGUUGGAAGAAUCUUUAUUUUUUACUAACGAAUAUGAGAUGAGCGAUUGUGAAGAGGAAGCUGGUGACCCACUUUGGGGGCCCUAGCUAGCUAGGGGAACUUAAUUUAACGUAUCAACUGGUGAAACAA